AUGUCUCCGCCAACAGCUCAAAUAAAUGCAUCUCAACCCGUUAAUUCAUUUGAAGAAAUAUGUGAAGAAAUAGACACAUUAUUACUUUCUCGUUACCCUUCUAAAACCGUAGAUGAUGAUUCUUCAUCCACGUCUUCCUUCCCUUCUUCUACUCCUUCUGACUCAACAGCCUCAUCAUUUCGCGAUUAUACUUCACCAAUUACUCCUGAGAGAGUGGUAAAAUUUUAUAAAGAACAACAUGAGAAACAAACCGUAGCAUGCGUUAUUGAAAAACAAAACCGGUUUUCUUCAUUAAAUCACGCGAAAAUGGGCGUUUGGAAUGCCCUAGAAUUGUUAAAUACUUUGGUCGAUAAUUCUGAUCCUGAUACUGAAUUAUCGCAGAUAGAACAUUGUUUACAAACCUCCGAAGCUCUAAGAAGAGAUGGUCAACCUAGAUGGUUCAUUUUAACUGGAUUAAUUCAUGAUCUAGGUAAACUCUUGUAUUUUUAUGGAGCGGAAGGUCAAUGGGACGUCGUUGGAGAUACAUUUCCCGUUGGAUGUGCAUUCUCUCAAUCCAUAAUUUUUCCCGAAUUUUUUCAAAAUAAUCCGGAUUAUAACAAUCCUAAAUAUAAUACCUUGUACGGUAUUUACGAACCAAACUGUGGAUUAGAUAAUGUAUUAAUGUCCUACGGUCAUGAUGAAUAUAUGUAUCAAGUUAUAAAGGAUUAUUUACCACCUGAAGCCGGUUAUAUAAUUAGAUAUCAUUCAUUUUAUGCUCAACAUCGUGAAAACGCUUACUGUCAUUUAAUGAAUGAUUAUGAUCACGAAAUGAUGAAAUGGGUUAAAAUUUUUAAUCCAUUCGAUUUAUAUUCCAAAAGUGAUCAACCACCAAAUAUACAAGAUUUAAAACCUUAUUAUAUUGAAUUAAUUAAUGAAUAUUUUCCUGAAGAAAUUUGUUGGUGA